AUGAAGAAAACGACGUUAUUUGCUCUAGACAGAUUUGCUACGCUGAAUAUGGCCCUAAUAUGGUCGCAAUGGAUAUUCGUGGUGGUCAACGUCAUUUCUCUUCCGCUGUAUCUACUGAUUAUUGGCGUAUGCGUUAAGGAAUGGAAACAUAAUUCUCUACAAAGAACCUUUCAUUUACUGGGAGUUGUGGAUCUAUCGGUGAUGACAAGCUAUUUCAUAUUCGGAGUACUGCGAUCAUCGGGACUGUUCAACUCCUUUUAUUGGACUUAUCAGCAGUACUAUGUAGCGUCGUGGUGUUUUAAUCAGACCUAUGUGAUGGCUUUUAUUCGAUGCUUUGGUGUACUGCUGAUUUCAUUCCAACGAUAUAUUUCACUAUGUAGAAAUGGCACAUAUAUUGAACAGAUGGUGAACGUUUCACAUCGAUGGACACUACCGCUUCUGCAGUGGACAUUUCCAACUCUCUAUUCGAUUCCGCUCGUUUUGAUAAGCAACGCCUCAUUCAAAGAUGAAGCAGGUCUUGAAAUAUUGGCAGAACAACAGGACAUUGAGGUUGCCACCUCUAUGGCAGCCGCUUUUGUCUCGAUCACAUUUUUUCUUUGCGGUUUAUGUUAUGGAGCCAUACUGAAGUUCUUAAUUGUCAACCGAUACAGCAGUAGCGUGGCUUUAAAACGAGAGCGUCGACUUUAUUUCCAAAUGUUGGGCUUAUUUGUGGGGUUCGCACUUCUGCUGGUCUUCAACAUUAUGCAGUUUACUUUUUCUCUUCGCUCAAAUGAUGGCCCUAUAUUCACAAUGAGGAUGGUAUUCCCUGUGAUCAGCUGUUUCUUCUCUUACAUUAAUGUGUGGAUGAUGAUUACACUCAAUGGCGAUAUGAGGCAAAAAGUUUUGCUUCUCAUCGGCUUCCGUCAACCGACCACUCAGAGUUCUGUGAACAAAUCGACCACUGUGAAAGCGGCUACUAUCGAUUUGAGACGAUUCUAA